AUGACUCAGAAAGAUUUAUCAGGAAAGGUGGCUGUCGUUACCGGGGGCGGCAGUGGAUUGGGCAAAGCGACUGCUAGUGCGCUUGUCUCGCGCGGCGUCAAGGUCGUGAUCGGUGACAUAUCAGAGAAACUAGGGGAAGCGACCGUUCAAGAGCUCAACGCAAAAGAGGGCGGAUCUAAGGUGGCAUCUUUUUUAAAGACCAAUGUUGCCAAAUACCAAGAUAAUAUUGCACUUUUUCAGCUGGCUGAAAAAGAGUUUGGCGGUGUGGAUAUUGCUUUUCUGAACGCUGGUAUUGGAAGAGGUUGGGAUAGUGCUUUCACAGAGCUUGAUGAUGAAGCCGACGAAAAUCUAUUCAACGUCAACGUUAUGGGUGUCGUCAAAGGAACCAAGGUUGCACUUUUGCACCUCGCAAAAAGGGGCGGAGGUGUUAUCAUAAGUACAGCAUCAAUUGGUGCCUUUUCAUCAAAUAUAGGUGCAAACGCUUAUUGUGCUUCCAAGCACGCUGUUGUCGGAUGGACGAGAGGUUUCGACCUUUUGCCUGAAAUUGCAAACGUGCGUGUUAAUGCAGUCUGUCCCGCGUUCGUUGAAACUAAUUUUAUGUCAGCGGCUAAGGAUGAAACGCGUAGCACGCCAAUGUAUGCCACCCACGAUGCGACGCCGAAAGCAAAAUUAGAAACAGUGAUAAAAGCAGUGCUGACCUUAAUUGAAGACGAAACACUUAAUGGUGAAACACUUUUAGCACUUCCGGGAGACGUAAUCCGCUCCCAACCACGGCCAGAACAGCUACCGGAAUGUAUCACACCCAAGUACCUUGAGGUCACGGCAAAAGUUAACAAAGAUAGCGUCAGCUUUUAUAAGGACAUGCUAAAGACAGCACUGGAGAAAUAUGAAAAAUUAAGCUGCACAUAAAGUGAUCACAGCCGUGCUUUCUCUUAUACAUAGGAUACGAUGACAGAUAUGUAGCUGCAGUAACUUAUUACAGCAAACAGUG